AUGGACAAUAUUGACGAAGUAGUUUCUGAUGAUUACGGAUUCAAGCUAAUUGAUGACAUACCAGUGACAGAGGCGAUAGAUUUGUCGAACCAUAAAGAUGGAGAAGAAUUACGGCUAUUGGCCAUCCACGAUGAACAUAGAAUCAUCGCCGUGUCCAAUUCCAACUCCCUCAAAUUUGUUUCAGCCGACAACCUUGAUGAUGUGGAUGAGGUAAAUGGAGAUUUUGCUAUUACUCAAUUGUACUUUACUGAUUCAAAAUUUUACAUGUUGAAUAACAAAGGUAUACAAACAUUGACCAUUGAACAGAUCAAACAAAAGGAUUAUCAAUUUGAAUCCGUAGAGGGACAGUAUACCAAUUUGAAACCAUUGGAUGACGAGAACUACCUAGCAUACGAUAAGGGCACCUUGUAUCACAAUUCAACCCAAGUUGCAUCCAAUGUGACCAAGUUUGAAUGGCAAAAGUCAUCACCAGUGUAUAUCACUAAGUCCGAUCAGUUUCAAAUAAUGGGUAAACCAAUCGACUUUGAUGAUGCAGCGAAAAGUGAGCUAUCACACUCCCGUCCUGCAGAGCUCAUUUCCUUCAAGGAUUACAUUUUCAUUGUUUACGACUCAAGUGAAGAACAACCAUCCGAUGAUCAUCAAAUAAGAACUUUUUUACUCAAAUUGCAAAAUGAAAAGUACACGCCUUUUGAUAUUGAAAUUGCGUCUCCGUAUUGCUCAGCAUGCAGAACCACCACUUACUACACUGCAACAAUCACAAACUGGGUGGAAUCAACUCAAAUUAAUUUUAUCACAUCAUCCUUGUCAACGGAAAUCGGUAUCCUCAACACUUCGGACUUACAACAACCUGUGGCCAUUGUACCAGCAGAGGACUCCAACCAGGCCAACUAUCCCAUGGAUGAAGAAACUCUACGUGAUGUGUCUCCCGUUGGAUUUGCAAUUUCUGUACACGAGUUGAAAACUCAAGUAAAAUCGCCGUGCGUUGGAGUUGAAGGUGAAGUUGUUGGAAAAUUGCCCAAAAUCUAUGCCUUGUUGGACAAUGGGAAUUUGAGAUCGUGGUGGGUUUUCAACAAGAGUGGAAUUUUGAAUGAUGAAUUGUCUUUGGAGAGAGCUGUUGCGGCAAACGAUUCCAAUGCUGUGACUUUAGCUGCAAAUGGUGAUGCUACUGCUGGUGACAAAGAGGCAACAGUGAGUGGAAAAGCUGCAAUGCAGGCUAAUCCGUUUCAGACUACAAGUAAUCCAUUUGGGUCCAGUACCGCUGGUGCUUUCAAAAGUCCAGUGGUUGCAACGAAAGUAGACAACACUCUGGAAUCCGCAAAAUCUGCCUUUGGAUCUACUGGUUUUGGUUCUAAUCAGAGUAAAGGCUCUGCCUUUGGAUCUACUGGUUUUGGCUCUUCAUCAUCGGCUUCUCCAGGAUUUGGAUCCGCUGGUUUUGGCUCUUCUAGCUUUAGUACUGCAACAAAAGAUACAACCAGUCCAGCAAAGCUGACAUUGUCUUCAGGUUUUGGCAAGUUUAGUAAUCAACAACCAGCAACCUUUGGCAAUACCGCUAGCGGACAAAACAUAUUUGGAAAUGAAACAAAAGCAUCAUCGCCAUUUGGUCAGUCUUCAAAUACCUCUUCGCCAUUUGGAAAGAGUGAGAAUAAACCAACCUCCUUGUUCAAUCUGAAAGAGCCAAAUUCUUCAAGUGUCUCGAAGCCAGCUUCGUCACCAUUUGCCGCAUUAGGUGGAAGCAAAAAGACAGAGGGUAUUGACAAUAACAGGCCAACACCAUUUGCUGACCCCUUGGAUUCAUCGAAAGAACCAACACCAGCACCUUCUGGGAGCGCACCAUUUGGGGAAUCCAAUUCUCUGAAACAGACCGAUGACAAACCAACUUCACAAGCUAAACUGUCACCGUUUGGUAAAAAAGAAGGAGAUGAUUUGUCAUUCGCGUUUGGUGGCUUGAACACUAAAGAGAAGUCCAAGGAACCCUUUGGAUCGAGCUUUUCUAGUUUCAAAAAAAGUGAUACACCUUCUCCGUUUGCGCUGUUGAAGAAACCAGACGCAACUUCUCCGUUUUCGUUCAAAAAACCAGACGAGAAUUCUCCGUUUGGACCGUUGAAGAAAUCAGACGAGCAUUCUCCAUUUUCCAAUUUGAACCCCACCAAAGCACCUUCAGGUGAAGAUAAAGAAAAGCACCACAAUGACAAUACUGAAGAACUAGUGAACGAAAACGAACCUCUAGCAAAUGAUACAAGCAGUGCAAACACGCCUGAUGAAGAUGUUUCCAAUAAGAAGGAAACACACUACGGGUCGUUGCAAGAAAUCAAGGACGAUGAGGAUGAUUCUUCAAAUGGCUUCGAAGCCACUGACAAUAACGAACUCUCUCAGGACGAUGAAGAAGAUGAAGUUGAUGAUCAACAGUUUGUUGAUGAGUCAGAGAAGAAUGAUUCCUCGUGGGUGAAUAUUUCUAAAAAGGAUGCUGAGGGGCGAGUUCUUGCACAAACUUUAGUAGACUUGCAACACGAUGGAGCUUCAAAGGAUGUUAAGGAUUGGGAAUUAAUCAUAGACGAAAAGAAGCCAGUUGACGAGCCCGCUAACGAGCCCGCUGAUGAGCCCGCUGACGAGCCAAUAGAGCCUGUUGAAUUUCUAGUGUUUGAUGGCUUCUCUGGAUCAUUGGAAAAGAGUGAUGAUCCUAUCGCAAACAAGAUGCGAACCGUUAUUGCCAACACCGAAGGAAAUUUGCAAUUUUUAGCAAAGAAUCUUUCUGCUGUAACUGGCUACAUAGAUGCUCAUAGUACUCCAGGGAAGCAUUGGCAUGAAAUUACUGAAGUGGGAAACUUGGACUAUGAUAAAGACAAGUACAAGGGAAAGCUACACUACUUGCAUGAAAAAGAGACAGAACUUAAUAAAUUGAAUCUGGCAAUGCAACAGAGUCAAAACGAGCUCCGAACACUUGACAAAUCAUUCAGUCAGUUGGCUUUGUUGGAAAAGGGUUCCAAAAAGAAUUUGAAAUUCCUCAAAAACAGACCAUUGGAACCAACAAAGCAAGAAACGAGAGAGCGGCUAAGGUCGAAGUUGGCAAAUGUGCAAUCUUUAGAGUCAAGGUUGCGCACUCUGCUUAUGCAUAUUAAGGCAAGAAGCUCACUAAACUUAUCCACGGUGGAUAAAAUUGAGCAGAUAUUGCUGCAGUUGAAUGAUCAAGUCUUGGAUCGGAAGAUCACAUUGUCCGAACUUGAAGACGAGAUGAAGGCUUUAAAUUUAGAAGGAAGCUCAAAGAGACUUGCUGUUGGACCGGGAGCUGCUAAAUUAGAAUUAAGAAAAAGGUUGCAGGAAAAGAACUCAAAGUAUAUCACUAAGUAG